GGUAAGAGCGAAUUUAUUAUAUAUAGUAAUAUAAUUUACUACUUAUUAACUAAAAAUAAGCGGGUAAUAAGAAAUAUAUUAACGUUAGAGGUCUAUAAUAUAAUUAAUAAUAUUAACCUCUCUUAUACAAUUUUAAUAACGUUAAAAAAGAUUACCGAUCGAAUUAGCCUUUUACUUAUUCUAAUAAUUAUUUAUACUAAUUCUUAUUUACUAUAUAAAUACCUUAUUAAAUUAAAAACGAUAAAAAAAAAGAGGCUUAUAAUUAAUAUUAUAGCCCUUAGGUAA